CACAUUUCUUGUUCCUUCCGAUGUCCUUUUCUCAGUGCGUCGCGAAAUGUUUGUGUACAUAGCAACUAAACUACCGUUAUUUCUGGUCCAAACUGUUGGAAGCAGUCCUUUUCUCAACGAGAAUGUCUCUACAGGCAUCUUCUCAGUCUAUCGGGAUGCAGAAAUGUACUGAUGAGGAAACGUUCUACAUGCACUGCAGAGCUGCCUACCUGACUGUAUUUAGGUCUAGUCUGGCCAGUAUCAGCUCCAAACAUCAGCUAUGCCGUGUUCUCCAGCAGGCAGGCAGAAAUCCAUCUCAGGCAACUCUCAACAAACACUGGACCCCAAGUACCACUAAGCUGAACUUUGAUGAUUUCUGUGAGAUAGUGAAGAAUGAGAGGCCGACAGAGGUGCACGACUUGAUGAGAGCCUUCAGAAAGAUGGACAUUAAUGGAGAUGGCUAUAUCUCACACAAUGAACUACACAUAGUCCUCACUUCAAGAGGUGAAAAGAUGGCUGCCAAGGAGGUGGAUGCUAUUUUUUCAUUAGCUGAUACCAACAAAGAUGGCAAAUUGGACUAUGCCGAGUUCUGCAGACUGUUGGAGUCCACGGCAGAGCAGUGUCAGAUUGCAGCUCUGGAGAGACUGGAGGCUGAUGCCAAGCUGAAGAGGCAGAACUUUGGCAACGAGUUAGACAGCCCUCCAAAGAGCUUAGCGUCCACCGCUGUGACUGUCCCCCAGCCACCUCACAAAACCGAGCCGGACAUCACACUGAAGAAAGACAGCAGAUCGUCGUCUCGGCCCUCCUCAGCUCGCAGUAGACGGUCGUCACUGUCUAACGCCAUCACCAUGGCAGCCAGCAACACUAAGAGCGUCAAGCUGGCAGAGCCCACAUCUAUACAGGACUGGCAUCACACCUGUAUGAAGGGCAGUUUCUUCCUUGAGGAGGAUGGAGGCAUCACGUCCCUGCAAUAUCGUCUCACCGUCCCCCAGACAGCCACCGUCUACCUCACCAUCAGACCUCUCAACCUUAGCCAGAGACUUGAAAAGCCCUCAUCCUGGAUGUCGGUGGACACAGCUGUCUUUGUGGUGUCAGGAAAAGACACUAAAGAGGACUCCACUUUGGUGUGUUUCACUGAGUCAAGAGACAAAGAGAAGUGUUGCUGGAAGGGGGAGCUGAGUGCUGGUACCUACUGCCUCCUUCCCUUCACCACGAGCUGUAGGCUGAGGAAGAGGACCAGGAAGAGUGUGUCUAAACCUGUCACGCUGGUCAACAGGACUGACACGGGGGAGCUGGACCUCACUAGGGACUUCAGGGGGGCGCUGUCGGAUAUCUUUGAGGUGAUAGACCUGGAUGGGAAUGGCCUCCUCAGUCUGGAGGAGUACAACUUCUUUGAGCUCAGGACCAGUGGAGAGAACUGUGAUGAGGAAGCAUGGGCUGUCUGCAAAGAGAACUUUGACACCCGGAAGAACCAGCUCAGUCGUCAGGGCUUCAUGGAGCUCAACCUGAUGGAGGCCAGCGAGAGGGGGGGAGACCCCACAGACCUCUGGGUAACGCUGGAGGCCAUGGGCUACAACCGCAAUCUGGAGAUGGUGGAGGCAUGUCCGUUCCUGAUAGAUGUUUACUGUGAGGAGGGUCAGUGUACUCUGCAGCCGGUCAGUCUGGAGUCAGGCCACAGGAUCCUGAACACAGCCCUGCAGAGGUCCAUCACGGCCAGGUCAGAGGUCAAAACCCUCAGGGGUCAGGAGAACGUCCUGGUCUACACCUACAGAGGAGAACACAGGAUCUCCACCGUCAUCGCCAACAAGACCAACCAGAAGGUGACGGUGCACGUGAACAACGAGCAGAGUAAGAACUGCAGCAGCAGCAGAGGGAUGAGUGUGUUCGCUGUAGAGGUCCCUGCUAGAACCAAGAUGGUGUGCCAGCAUGUCCUGCCCAUCAACGAGCACCAGGAGUGGACCUACAGCUGUGUGGAGAGCAUUAUACCAUGCCAGUGAAUCAGUGAUAAGACAGCAACCCUAAUAUUACCAUGGUACUUUAUAAAACAUACUAGUAGAAAAAGGACAGUGGGCCAACAGCUAUUUAUAGCCAACGGGAAACUGAAUUAAUGAAUAAUACUAUAUGUAUGUAACAUGUGCCUUUGUGAUAGUGGUGUGUAGUUGCGUUUUUCCAUGGAAUUGUAUGAAAUUAUGUUGAUUUUGAAAAAUCUUUAAUGGAAAUGGAACUAUAAUAGAGAUACUGUAGAUAAUGAUACUGAACUAAUAUUUGCACUGAUUUAUAAUAUUUUUAACACUCAAUUUUCAUUGUACUCUGACUCCUAUAAUAAUGUGUAUAAUUUUGCAAUAGGACAUAGUUUUAUCACAUGCCUUUAUAUACGAAUAUGAUGUGCAUUGUAAUGUGUUUUAACAAGUGUGCUCAAGUGUCAUAUUUACAAACAAUAUGGUAAAUAACAAUAUUACGUAUGUCUGUCGAAACUCAAAAAUAAAUCUCAAAUUUAAAAUAAUGGAUUAACUUGUAGACAUUGUGAGAUGCCUAUUCACCACACUGCUCUGGAGCCUUGUUCACCACACUGCUCUGGAGCCUUGUUCACCACACUGCUCUGGAGCCUUGUUCACCACACUGCUCUGGAGCCUUGUUCACCACACUGCUCUGGAGCCUUGUUCACCACACUGCUCUGGAGCCUUGUUCACCACACUGCUCUGGAGCCUUGUUCACCACACUGCUCUGGAGCCUUGUUCACCACACUGCUCUGGAGCCUUGUUCACCACACUGCUCUGGAGCCUUGUUCACCACACUGCUCUGGAGACUUGUUCACCACACUGCUCUGGAGACUUGUUCACCACACUGCUCUGGAGACUUGUUUACCACACUGUUCUGGAGACUUGUUCAUCACACUGCUCUGGAGACUUGUUCUUGCACCAUUUUCACACUACUGAGCACUGGCUUGGUUACACAUCCACCAUAGCUGCUGGAACCAUGUUUCAAAGAAUAAUGUGAAAAGAAAAUAGCACAGAAUGGUUCAGGUUGUCUUGAUAGUGCAACAAGGGUGUGAGAGCCCUGUGAGAGUUGCCUGGCAGUCAGACACGCCUGUGUGCUCUUCCCUUAGGCCUCAACGUUUGACACUGCUGAUCAGAGUUGUACUGCACUGGCCUAGUUGCUGUAAUCAUGCUGGAAAGGCCAGCACGGUACAGUUCAGGUUUGGAUGAUAAUUUGACACGGGUGGCUGUGAGAGCCCUGCUGCUGCCUGGCCUGCCUAGCAGUCGGCUACAUUCCUGUGCUCCUCACUGAGGCCUGCACUUUAUUCUCCUUUAGCGCUGAGCACAGUCUUCUUGACCUCCUAUUAAUAGCUUGCAGGCCAUUACUUUGCCCUUUGACUUUUUUCUACUGUAACUGUAGAACUCACCGGUAAAUGUCACAUGAUGUGAGCUGUAUUUAAUCUGCUGAGUGCCACUCCACUCUUCCUUUCUCACUGCUUUACCUCACAGUCCUCUUUUAGCUGGAACAGUGAUGGAACUGCGGUAGUAAUGCAUGCUCUCUGGUAGGCCUUCUUGCCUGGUAUCAAACCUUAACCAAGUGGCUCUGGUUUCAGUUAAUCCCCAAGAACGCAAUUAUGUCAUUACUAAUGGGUAAUGUCUGAGGUAAUACCUUGUUAAUAAUGGGCUGUGAAUGAAAGAGUUUCAGUGUAGCGUGUAGCAACUACUCUGAGCAGUUAAAUGUCACAAUGGGCUAAUGCCUUCUACAUACAUGUUCAUUUAGACUGUCACGACUUCCGCCCGAAGUUGGUGCCUUUCCUUGUUCGGGCGGCGUUCGGCGGUUGUCGUCACCGGCUUUCUAGCUGCCACCGAUCUACGUUUCUUUUUCCAUUUGUUUUGUCUUGAUUGUACACACCUGGUUCCCAUUACGUUAAUAUUUAUUCCCUAUUUAACCCUCUAGUUCCCACAUGGUUUUGUGUGUGUUUGUUUUUUGUUUAGUGUUCAAGACUUCUGUGAGCUGGUGUGUUUUCCCUGCGUGGAAAUGUUGUUUCUUUUCGAGUAAAGUACGUAUUUUACUCA